UGCUGAGGGCGGAGGGAACGGCACGGAAACCCCACUCCAGACCCCACACCUCCAGUGGGACCUGAGGUCCAGCCGGGAUCCAAUGGAGGACAAGAAGAAGAAAAGGAGUCCCAAGCCCUGCCUGACCCAGCCAGCCCAGGCCCCUGGCACAUUACGAAGGGUCGCCGUGCCCACCAGCCACAGCGGCUCCUUGGCCCUGGGACUCCCUCAUCUGCCGUCCCCCAAGCAGCGGGCCAAGUUCAAGAGGGUAGGCAAGGAGAAAUGUCGCCCCGUGCUGGCCGGAAGUGGGGGCGGCUCUGCAGGCACCCCCCUGCAGCACUCCUUUCUGACCGAGGUGACCGACGUCUAUGAGAUGGAGGGGGGACUGCUGAACCUGCUCAAUGAUUUUCACUCAGGCCGGCUGCAGGCCUUUGGGAAGGAAUGCUCCUUUGAGCAGCUGGAGCACGUGCGGGAGAUGCAGGAGAAGCUGGCCCGGUUGCACUUCAGCCUGGACGUGUGUGGGGAGGAGGAGGAGGAGGAGGAGGAAGAGGACGGGGUCACUGAGGGGCUGCCUGAGGAGCAGAAGAAGACGAUGGCUGACCGCAACCUGGACCAGCUGCUUAGCAAUCUGGAAGAUCUUAGUAAUUCUAUACAGAAGCUGCACCUGGCCGAGAACGCCGAACCCGAGGAGCAAUCAGCUGUAUAGGUGUCGGACCCAGGCCCAGACUGCUCCUCCCAUCCCCUUCAAACUGUGACUUUUUACGGACUCGAUCGGGUAUUCCACGGCCCCCCAGGUGCUACGGGGGAGGGGGGCACUGGAUGG